AUGUCGCCUCUCCUCUGUGUCCUACUCCUAAUGGGAUACAUGAACCCCACUGACUCCCUCCUGCAGUCUCAUAGAAAUUCUUUUCAAGUCUUUGCUUUUGAAGAAUGCCCCGUUGAUGUGUAUAUUUUGUUGGAUACGUCUGAAAGUGUUGCGUUGAGAGCACAGCCGUACGGGUCUGUCGUGGAAAAGGUCAAACGGUUUGCUGUUGAGUUUGUCGACGCUCUGAAAGAAAGGUAUUACAGAUGUGAUCGGAAUUUGACUUGGAAUGUUGGAGCUUUACACUACAGUGAUGAAGUUAAGAUAAUUAGUGAGAUAACUAGUCUAUCAGCAAAUAAAUUAAACCUGCAAGGAGCAAUUCAAGGCGUGAAGUACAUUGGCAAGGGUACCUACACUGACUGUGCCAUCACUGCUGCUACAGGGCAGUUAAUGUCCAGGGGUACCUACAUCCAUGGUAACAAAUACAUGGUGAUUAUAACAGAUGGACACCCAUCUGAUGGAUACAGAGAACGAUGUGGGGGUAUUUCCUUUUCUGUUCAAGAGGCCAAAGAAUUCGAUAUCAAAAUGUUUACAGUAGCAAUUACCCCAAAUCACCUAGAAGAAGGAAUAAAUGCAAUAGCAACUGAUUUUCACUACAGAAAGAAUCUUUCAAUGAUGCAAGAUGAGCAAGUUGUAUUCCAAACCACAAUUAGCUCAAUUAUAGAUCAGAUUUACAAGGAUUCUGAACCUUUGUGCUGCAUCUACAGUUGUGAGGCUGAUCAUGGCAUACCUGGAAGCCUAGGUGACCCUGGUGAAAGGGGCUCUGAUGGAAGAAGAGGAUAUGUUGGAAAUGCUGGAGGUGUUGGUUCAAUGGGUGUUACUGGUGAUAUGAGUCCUCCUGGGCAUGUAGGGGAAAAGGGAGACAAAGGUGCUCGAGGUGCAAAGGGUUUCAGAGGAUCUGCAGGGCUGAAGGGAAAUAAAGGUGCACCUGGUAUUGAAGGAAGAGAUGGGGAUAAGGGUGAGCCUGGUCCAGCUGGUUUACCUGGCUGUAGAGGAGAUGAUGGAGAUGAUGGUGAACAAGGGUCCCCAGGGUUGAAAGGAGAUCCUGGCUCCUUUGGCGCUAAAGGAGAAAAAGGUGAUGUUGGUCCCCCUGGCACAACAGGGUUGCCUGGAGUACCAGGAAUAACAGGACGAAAGGGUGUGCCUGGAUCAAUGGGACCUAAAGGAAGCAAAGGACAGAGAGGUGAUGAUGGACUGUUUGGUACAUCUGGAAUUCCAGGACAAAAGGGUCCGAAAGGAGAAAAAGGAAUGCGAGGUCCUGCAGGUGUUCGAGGAGUCCGAGGAGUCAAGGGUAGCUUUGGACCUGCAGGAGCACAAGGACAUGAAGGUCUUUCUGGUGAAAAUGGCUCUCCUGGCUUUCAAGGUGGAAAUGGUCUAAAAGGUUACAAAGGUGAACCAGGCAUACCAGGAAGAGAGGGAUCCAAAGGAGCCAAAGGAGCUCUAGGUUCACCUGGUGACUCAGGCCCUGCUGGAAUUAGAGGAGAUGAUGGUGGACCCGGUGUAGGGAUAAAAGGAUAUCCUGGAUUCCAAGGGUUUCCCGGAUUACGAGGACAAACUGGCCCAAAGGGUGUUAAAGGCUACGUGGGACAAAAAGGCGAUAGAGGACAGUCGGGUAUUCAAGGUGAUGAUAACAAUUUUCCAGGAAAAGAUGGUACCAAAGGACAAAAGGGUUACCGUGGUUCAGUUGGAGAUUUUGGUCUUCCUGGUUUAAUAGGACCUCCAGGACCAGAUGAGUGUGAAAUAUUAGACAUCAUUCAAAAACUCUGCUCAAGCUGCGACAAUGAUUGUGGCGCGGUGAAACUGCUCUUUAUACUGGAUAGCUCUGAAAGUGUUGGUCGGCAAACCUUUACUAUUGAGAAAGAAUUUAUCAUCAGAGUCAUUAACAAGAUUAUGAAAAUGGAUAAAAUCAAGAGUUUUCCAGGGAGCUCACAAGUCGGUGUCAUACAAUACAGCCAUGAACAAACACGUGAACUUGUGUCUAUGGAUGACCCCACCAUUAAAUCUCUCACACAGUUAAAAAGGGCUGUGAAAAACAUGCGUUGGAUUGCAGGAGGAGCAUACACAGGAGAAGCUUUGGAUUUUGCUAAAAAAGCUUUUGGCACAUCCCAGCUUACCAACAAGGUUGCCAUUGUGUUAACCCAUGGAAGAUCAGAUAUAUCAAGAGAUCCUAAACCAUUAUCUUCCCUGUGUGAUGUGCCAAACCUAAGAGUUAUUGGCAUUGGCGUAGGAGACAUAUUCAAAACCUCACCAAACAAUCAGUUGAUUCAACAGAUUACUUGUCAAUCAUCACUUAAUCCUGGGCUAUAUUUUCCUAUUAUGGACCAUGCUCAACUUUUAGAUGAAACAUUAUUUGAGAACAUCACUAAUUAUAUUUGUGGAGGUAUGAAACUUAUCAUUUUUAUUAUUUAAAAAAAAUUUACGGAGGCCACUGAUAUUGCACUCGUGCUCGAUGGUUCUACCAGUGUGGGGAAAAGAAACUUUGAAAGGACGAAGAAGUUUGUGGAGCAGGUAGCCGGAAGAAUUCUUUCAUCAGAGAUGGAUCCACUGAAGAUCCUUCGACUGGCUGUGAUUCAGUACAGCGGCAACAACCAACAGAUCCUGGAAGUUCCUUUCACCAAUGGAAUUGAAUUCGUAAUCCCAAAAGUUAAAGCCAUUAACUACAUGGAUGGUCCUACUGAUCUCCCAGAUGCAUUGAGAUAUCUUACAGAAUUUUACAAACGUGUAGCCCGCACUGAUGUUAAAAAGAAAGCCGUGAUAUUUUCAGACGGUCGUUCAUUAUCGGUAGUUAGAGAGCAAAUUCCUAUUCAGGCAGCAGCCGCCAUGACAGCUGGUAUACAGGUCUAUUCGGUGGUUGUGGGAGAUGGAUUUGAUGAAGAUGGUAUCUGUCAGCUGGUUACAGGGAGGCAAAGCGGUUACAACUAUACAUUUGUUGAAGAAAGGGUGUUCCGUGUCCCACAGUAUAAAGAUUUAGCAAAAAUAAUCAUGCACCAUAGACUUAUUCGCAAGGUAUCACUGCAGUGAAAAUCGGAAAAUAGUACAAUUACAAAGGAAAGUUGCUCCUAGUUGUAGUUGAUUAAAAGCAAAA